AUGUUAGCUGGUGAUACUAAUUGGUUCAAGCCAGGAAGUAGAAUUAUUAUUACAACUAGAGAUGAGCAGGUGCUCAAAGAGCAUAAAGUGAGAUGGAUACAUGAUGUCGGUCUUUUAUCGGAUGAGGAAGCAGUUGAACUCUUCAGUAGGUAUGCAUUCGGGAAAGAUAUUCCCCCUCAAGGGUAUGAAAAGUAUUCACGUGAAGUUAACAAACCAAUUCCGUUGGGGGAUACUCUUAGAAAACUGGAAGUAAGUUAUGAAAUUCUAGAGGAUGAUCAUAAGGAAAUAUUCCUUGAUGUGGCAUGCUUCCUUCAAGGUUUGGAUUUACAAGAUGCAAUAAGGAUUCUUGAAAGUUGCAGAUUUGAUGCUGAACAUGGUUUAAGAGUUCUUAAGCAUAAAUCUCUAAUAACUUUAGAAAUAAGUUCAAAAAUAACUUUAGAAGGACUUCCUAGUGUAACCAUAGGCAUGCAUGACCAGCUCGUAGAAAUGGGCAAGAAUAUUGUACGCCGUGAGCAUCCGAACAAACAUAGCCGAUUAUGGAUUCAAAAGGACAUCGAACAAGUCUUGGCUGGUAACUCGGUAAGUGAAGCAACAAGAUGUAUAAUUCCGAAAAUCAAUCGUCCUAUUUUUUUGGAAGGUCUUGGAAAUAUGAAGAAAUUAGAAGCCUUAUUGUGGAAGACAAUAACCAAUUAUAGUGGUACCAAUACCCUCAUUGGUGUUUACCCGAAACAUUUGAAGCAAAUAAUCUUGUUGAGCUUCAUGUCUCACAGCAAUAUCAUACAACUCUGGGAAGGGGGAAAGGUUAUGACGAAGCUAAAAAUACUUAUUUUGGAUGAUACAAGGUUCAAAAGGCUUGACCUUGGGCUGACACCCAAUCUUCAAAGGUUACAUCUAAAAUGGUGUUUUGAUUUGAUGGAAUCUCUUGUGUGUCUUGAUAUAGGUGAUUUAGAACUGAAGAAAUUCCCAGAUUAUAUAAUCACAGGGCACUCAAUCAAUAGUUUGCGAGUCCUGAAUCUUUCAUACAAUCGCAAUAUUGAAGUACCAUCAUCAAUUUGCAGUUUACAACAAUUGAGAAUUCUUAACCUUCGAAACACUUGCAUAGAGGAAUUGCCCGAGAAUCUGGGCCAAUUGGAAUGUUUAGAAUACCUAGAUUUAAGUUGUACAAAGGUUAAACAUCUUCCUGGUAGCAUUUGUAUGUUGAAACAUCUCAAUACACUACUUCUUAGAGGAUGUGAGCGUCUUGAGAAGUUACCUGAGGGUGUUCACCAAUUAGAAUCUCUGGAGAAUUUAGAUCUUGAAUUUUGCAUUGAUUUAAGAAUGUAA